AUUCGCCGCAGUCCGUUACAAUAUCACGUCUGGACAAUAGCUCCUCGCCGGUCGCCAAUACGAUCCACGCUACUUAAAAAAAAAGCACAAUAUCGUCGCCGUCGUUUUUCCCGAGCGCGCGCGCACACACACACCCAAGACCGCCCACACACAUUGUAUACACAGGGCUUGAGACUUGAUACUUGCGGUGACUAUAAAAGUAACAAUAUCAAACAUCAAACGUGGYCUUUGCAAAAUGUUAAUGUUUCUGACUAUCGUCGUAUCCUGCCUGUGCAUGAUGGAUUUGGGAGCGGCGAUAUCAGUGCCAACAGGCAAGACGACGCCUAUUGAACCCGCUGUGCCUGAGCCAAAAAUAAUUCCCGUGCCUGGUUCCUAUCUGGCACCACCGGCUCCUGUACAUGAAUAUUCGGAAGAAAGACCAGAACCACCGCCAUUAGAUCCGUCUUAUGUGCCAAUUCCAUACAACUUUAUUGAGUACUUGGCGCCUCAAAGUCUUCUACUGGUACCAAUGAGAAUUAAGUUCCAAAAACCUUAUUCAAAAUAUGAAAAGUAUCCACUCACAGCGAUUAAGUAUCAAAAACUUAUCAAAAAUGAAAAUAUGAGACGGAAAUUCUAUUCGAAUAUCCCACAGCAAAGUUAAAAUCCAUUUAAUUGAUGAGUGUGAUAAAURCUCUCGUCGUUAAAAAUGUUUGCCAUGUCAUAAACAUAUAUUAUAUUAUGUAAUUAAAAUAAAAUGUUGUACAUUUUUACCUCUUUAAAAUAAUUGUU